AUGUCGACCACUUCGCAGGCUAGACGACAGAGCCAUUACGACCACGCUGGCAGUGCAGGCCUUGUUGGCCGAGACGUUUGUGCCAUCGUUGGGUCCCGUGUCUUUGUGCUGGAUCCAAGUCUGGCCAAGCUUGUGGAGCCAACUGGGACAAUUGUGGAGGUGCGAUGCGAUGGUGGCCGGGUGAAGGUUGAGCACGAUGGUGCCGAGAAAGCGGAACGCUACUACAACACUGGCAAGGAUGGCGAAUUCCAGCUUGGCAUAUUGGGUUCCGAGUCCAGGCCUCGCUUCUCGUUGCCGCGCGCACCCUCCAAGAUCGAAGUGAGAGAGGUGGGCGCGGCGGUGCCCAGCGCCGCGCAGCGCCGGCCACGGUACUCGGAAGUGCGGAGGAGCCUUGCCAGUCCUAGAAGGACUGGUGAUUCUCAAGCUCAACACGACUUGGGAAGCCGCAGCGUUGCAGAAGCGGAUCCGGAUCGGAUGGCCUCCAUCUCCAGGAGCAACAGCCUGGCCAGUGUCCAGACCUUCCAGACCACGCAGACAGCCUUGGAAACCGGCCAAACGGCCCCAGAUGCCUCAAGCCGCGCCUCAUCACGGCCGCGCUACUCGGAGGUUCGCAAGGCGCGCAGAUCGGCAGUCCUUGCCAGCGAGCAGGCAGCGCAGGCGGUGCCGCAGGAGGUCUCCUGCGCCAACGCUGGCAUCAGCCACACAGGCAGUGACAUCUCGCCUCGGCCACGACCUCGUGCGGAAGCGAGGUCCGAUGAGGCAGCAGACGUCAAUGGCCUUGAUCCGUCUCCGCAGGUGCGGAGAAGGUAUUCUGAGCAACGCCGCGCGUGCAGCCCAAGGAAGAGCGGCGUCGAGCCGGUUGAGGCGCCGGCGGCGCCUGCUGACGGCGUUGCAAGUGGUUCAUCCUGCACUCGCACCACGGGGCCGACGGUGGAGGAGUUCUCACGACUCUGCCAUCGUUUGGAGACACUGGAGCGGGACACGACUUCGCUCGCAAGUCAGCUCCAGAGCUUUCGUGACGACAGCCUUUCCGAUAUGAAGGCGCUGCGAGACCAAAGUCGUCAAGAGGCCGAGGCCUACGAACGGCAUUGGCGUGAUGAGACACGAAGGCACCUUGAGGCUUGCGAGGAGCAUCUCCGCCAGCGUUUCCGAGAAGAGAAUCGGCAGCAGCUGGAAGCCACGGAGCGCAGGAUCUUUGCCAGCGUGAUGGAGGAGUUCGAGGGCCAGCUUCGUGGGGCGGUGGCCAAGCUCUGCGCCUCACCGCAGUCCCCGCAGUCGCACAACGAAGCCAACGAGGAGCCCGAACAGGAGUACGAGACGCCAGGCCCAGAGGAAGCCAUCCGAGUCGAGAAGAAGGUCUUCGACAUCUCGCGGGCAGAGCUUGCUGACUCUGAACUCAGCUUGCAAACAAUUGGCUCUAUCGCGCGUCGUGUUUCUGCAUCUCUUGGAGGAGAGAAUAGAUCAGCAACAAGUUCCAGCACGCCUAUGAGAGAUGCCGAGAAGCGUGCCCUACACCUACAGCAGACGCAGAGGCUUGGGAGCCGCUGUGACCGUCGAGUGGAACCGAGCUUCGAACAGCUGGAGCAGGAGAUGGAGCGCCUUGCAGACAUGCGGCGGUAUGCAUCUCAAGUGCUUGGGGCGAAGUCACAAGAGGUGGCAGGCUCUCGGGUGAUGCAAGGAUCAGCCCCGCAGCCCGGCGAUGCGUGGCCGGCCCAGGAGGACGUUAAGGAGGCCCAGGGGCGGCGCCGCACCAUGCCGGCCUCCGCUCCAUCUCCCACGUUUGGCCGGCCUACUGUGAGAACCACCAGUGCUGAGCGGUGGAAGCGGAGGUCUUCAGUCCAGGCAGAAGAUGUCCCUCCUUGUCCGUGGGAGGAAGAGCAACGUCCCCCAGCCCAGCGAGUGCAAUGGCCGACGGACUGGCAGGUAGACAGUGAAGGGCGGCUGAUCUUCUAG